UCGCACAGUCUGGCUCCCAUUGGCUGACCAACGAGCAAUGCUCUGUUGUUCAUUCCAAAUUGAAGGGACGCCGCACGGCAAUAAAUUACUAAUAGAUGUUGAUGAAUGUCAUCCAAAUUAUUAAAUCCAUAUCCUAUAGAAGAACAAUACCGGUGGGUGUACGCGGCAAUCCGGGAUCGCUACCGGUUCGUUUACCGGUAAACCAUGCUAGCAUCGCUAGCUAACUAGCCAACGAGCAGCUUGUCGUCGCGUCCUGUUGGUCUUGAUGGGCUUCCGCUGUUGAUUCUUCCAGACUUGUGCUGGGGGCAGCGAGGCUAACAAAUUGAUGCCAUCCGCCAGGAAUUCCGGCCACAUUAUGAGCGGGGCGGGUUGCAAAGCGAACGGCGCCGUGUACCCCGCCUCGUCGGCGAUGUUGAACUCCGUGAAGAAGCCGAAGAUGGAGCAGAUUCAGGCCGACCAUGAGCUCUUCCUCCAGGCCUUCGAAAAGCCAACACAGAUAUACAGAUUUCUUCGCACUAGGAACUUGAUUGCGCCAAUAUUUUUGCACAGGACUCUCACAUUCAUGUCUCAUAGAAACGGUCGUUCAAAUGCUAAAAGGAAAGCAUUCAAAGUAGAUAACUUGUUGCAAACUGUAGAGAAGAUGAAGGGAGAGCAGGAAUCUCCCAGCUUGUCUUCACAUCUGCAAUUAACUUUUACCGGGUUCUUCCAUAAGGAUGAAAAGCCAUCUCAGAACUCAGAGAACGAGCAAAACUCCGUCUCCUUGGAGGUGCUACUUGUCAAAGUCUGCCAUAAAAAACGCAAGGAUGUCAGCUGUCCAGUUAAGCAAGUGCCUACAGGUAAAAAGCAGGUGCCUUUGAAUCCUGACAGCCAGCAAAGCAAGCUGGCCUCCUGUCCCUCCUUAGUGGUGUCCAGCAACGAGUUUGAGCCCAGCAACAGCCACAUGGUCAAGUCCUACUCACUCCUCUUCAGGGUGUCGCGCACGGGCCGGAGGGAUGCCAACGGCCUGCCCAACGGUGAAGCCAACGAGAACAUCGAUGUGAGAGAUACUCAGAGUAGAAAGAAGAGGAACUCGUCUCAUAAGGAAGAAGGGGACACAACAGAGACAUAUGUUGCUCAAAUGACUGUCUUUGAUAAGAACAGGAGGUUGCAGCUGCUGGAUGGAGAGUAUGAGGUGUCCAUGCAGGGGAUGGAAGACAGCCCUGUGAGCAAGAAGCGAGCUACGUGGGAGACUAUUCUUGAUGGCAAGAGACUGCCACCGUUUGAAACAUUUUCUCAGGGACCCACGUUGCAAUUCACUCUGCGCUGGACGGGCGAGGCCACCGGGAAGUCCACAGCCCCUGUGGCGAAACCUCUGGCUACCCGAAACUCGGACUCCUCGGGGCCCAUGGAGACCAGGACCAGUCACCACAGAGCCACACCCUUGGCAGUGAAAGAGUCGGCCAGCACAGAUAUCCACACAAGGAAAGAACUCGUCCCAUGUGAGCCACGCCAAAAGUUACGGAUAUUUUAUCAGUUCCUGUACAACAACAAUACGCGGCAGCAGACGGAGGCGAGGGAUGACCUUCACUGUCCUUGGUGCACGCUGAACUGCAGCAAGCUCUACAGCCUGCUCAAACACCUCAAACUCUCCCACUCACGCUUCAUCUUCAACUAUGUGCCUCACCCCAAAGGAGCAAGGAUAGACGUGUCCAUCAACGAGUGUUACGACGGCUCAUACGUUGGCAAUCCUCAGGACAUCCACAGCCAACCUGGCUUUGCUUUCAGCCGCAAUGGCCCCGUCAAGAGGACCGCCGUCACCCACAUACUGGUUUGCAGGCCCAAGAGGACCAAGCCGAGCCUGUCCGAGUUCCUCGAGUCCGAGGACGGCGAGUUGGAGCAGCAGAGGACCUACGUGAGCGGACACAAUCGCCUCUACUUCCACAGUGACAGCUGCAUGCCGCUGCGACCCCAGGAGAUGGAGGUGGACAGCGAGGACGAGCGGGACCCCGAGUGGCUCAGAGAGAAGACCGCCACGCAACUGGACGAGUUCACGGACGUCAAUGAGGGAGAGAAGGAGGUGAUGAAGCUGUGGAACCUUCAUGUCAUGCAGCAUGGCUUCAUCGCGGACAACCAGAUGAACCAGGCCAUCAUGCUCUUUGUGGAUGACUGCGGCGCGCACAUCGUCCGCCGUAACCUCUGCCGCAACUUCCUCCUGCACCUGGUGAGCAUGCACGACUUCAACCUGGUGGGCACAGCAACCAUCGACCGGGCGAUGACGCGCCUGAAGCAGAUCCAGGAGGAGCUCCCGGAGGACGCCGAAGAGAGGCAGGAGUGUGUGCUCCUCGCGGCGGCGGGGAGCUGCAACGGCAGUGCGCCAUCCUCCAGUGCGGGGAAGCAGGGCAAGAGGACAAAAAGUGCUCUCACGGACUGAUGCAGGCUUAAUGCACGGCGGAACUAUUAGUUGUCACGGGGGAGGGGUUUGUUUUCCAGUUUCCUCCCCUUUCAAUAAACAUUUCCAACCUUUUGGUGCUUAGAAGUGGUCAGCAGAGCGUCUGACUGCAAACAGACCAAUAUACAAGGUAAAAAAGUUUUUACAACUUGAACGCAACCAAAUACGUAUGAACGAUGUAGAAGUGAAUCACCCACAUCACAUGACAUGACUUGGGUGGGUGUGAACAGAUUGCAGGGGUGGGGAACCCCGCCUCAUAAAAUUAUUUGAUGCAAUUUACCAUCCAACCCCAAACAAAUUUUUAACCCACAAAUGCUCCUAAUAUAUAAAAUCAUGUUUUUUCUUUUCAUACAUUGAGGACUGGACCCUGACAGGAAAAAGGUUCCCCACCCUUGUUCUAGUGCGUCUCUCCUAAUAGAUGAGGAUUAUCAGAAGUUGAAACUCAACUGAAUUAUACACAUACAUGAUAACCUUUUGUUUUGAAGAAGAAAAAAAAUGACUUAGCUGAUUAUUUUUUAGCACUUGCCGUUUUUGUAUUUAGAGAUUUUCCUUUUUCAUAACCUCAGAGCUGCACCCAAAAGAGUAACGCAGCCUUUUUUCAGUCAUCUGUGGAGAAUCUGAAAAUGGUGUGUUUUAGUAUCACAGUUGAGACUGAGUGCAAGAAAUGUCAAUAAGAGACUAUGUUUGGGAUAAAAAAAAAAUCAUUAUUAUUUUUUUUUUUGCAGGAUAGUAGAGUUCAAAGGAUCACAAUUACUUUUUAGUUUCAGUUCCGGAUUACCAAAGCGGUUGUCAGUAUUUUGAGUUCUGUUAGUGUUUUUUGUUUUGUUUUUGGCAGGGGGGAGUGGUGGGUAUAAACUGACAAUUAUAGUGCAUUACCAAUCCAAAUUUGGUAUAUUUUUGUUUAUAAGUAUGAUUUGGUUUAUUAUUUUCAUCUGGUAAAGAAAGAAGGAUAGAGGGAGACUUCAUCACCUUUUAUUUACAAAACACCCCAUUGAGAAUCAUUUAAAGAAAUACACUCUUGAUUUAGGGUUUUUAUAUUUAAAUAAAAACAUUCAACUUCA